GAGUGCUACGCUCACACCGCUACGCCGAUCCCUUUCACCCUAUUCUCAAGUAGGGAAAGAAUUGUUAUCCCCAAUUUUGCGGCUCGCACCUCGUUUUGCCCCGAUUAUUUUUCCUUCGCCCCGCUAAAUUGAGUAGAACAUGUUCUCUCGAGUCUGUGGCUGUGUGUGAUACGACCCCCGCCUGGAUUUGUGAUGACCAGUGUGCUCACCAUGGAAAAUUACGACUGGUAUGGUUAGCGCUAACCACGCCGGCCACGAGUGACGUGAAAAAAAGUUGUGGUUAACGUUGACGGAUGAGUGUGUGAUCAUGUCGGGUUCGGAUUGUCGACGGCGCCGGUCGGUGUGGAGCCUCGGAUGGGGGAGCCUAUGUUCCGUCUGGCUCCCUGUGUCGUUGGUGUUCGCCGAAAUAGCUGGGCACCUGCUGGCAACAUCGGGAUAUGCCACCACAGAACGGCCAACGACGUUAGCGGGGACGGCGUGGGGCGACCUCUACUUCAACAUGUCCAGGCAACGGAAGUCUUUAUUUGAAGAGGCCGAAACGUCGCGUCUGAGCGAAGAGUUGUGGCCACCUUCCAGCAGGCUGCUCCCUUCCUUUGACAACUCCACGUCGCGCAACGUGACGUCACAGCGCGGUCAGACGGCCUACUUACAUUGUGUCGUCAACAACCUCGGCGACAAAAUGGUAUUGUGGAUCCGUCGACCGGACCGUGCCCUGCUCACCGUAGGGCUGGACACAUACACGGCUGACGACCGCUUCCAGGCUGUUCACCUGGAGAAAUCUUCCGACUGGGCCCUCCAGAUCAAAUACGUCCACCUCUCAGACCAGGGACUCUACGAAUGUCAAGUAUCCUCGGACCCAAAGAUCAGCUUCUUCGUCAACCUUACCGUCCUCGAGGCCAAAGCCGUCAUUGAAGGCGGACCCGACCUCUUUAUACGAACGGGAAGCGCCAUCAACCUGACGUGCGAGAUCAGUCGCAGUCCCGAUCCGCCUCACUUCGUCUUCUGGUAUCACAACGACCGCAUGAUAAACUACGUCUCCGCCAAAGGAGAAAUCAGCCUCCAGAAAGGCGGGGACGACAUCACCUACAGCAGGCUGUACAUUCGCAAAGCAGUCGCACUAGACUCGGGCAAUUACACCUGCGAUCCAGCCAACGCAGAGCCCGUCAGCAUCAGCGUGCACGUUGUUAAUGGUGAGAAGCCAGCAGCGAUGCAACACGACGGCAAACCCCUUUCCACGUCCUCCUCCCACCAACGAUCACCUCAUUGGUCGGCGUUGGCCCUCGUCAUCGCCUAUGUCCUCCUGAGGUAACACAACUCCUGGCGUCUUCCACGCUGUGCGAAGCAAAGAGGUACAAUCGUCCACCACUCGCAGCAGCACCUCCGUCGAAACGGAAGUGCCGGAAACUGAAGAAAAACUUUCAAACUCUCCUGCACUUCCGCUGUGCUAGAACAGUCCACGAAGUGUGAUUCUCGUACUUUGAUUUUUUUUUUUCGUCCAGACGUCGUGAUUGUGUAUCUUCGCCCCAUUGUCCUUCCUUACCUUACAUAAGUAUAUUUCGCGUCUUCUCCUGACCAGUGUAGUGGCCGGUGCCUGCGACCCCUGGUGAUUAAAUCGAGAACUGCAAACGAACGACUUCGUUGCCUUGUGCUGGAAAGUGUGUGCGUGUGUGACUCUUCGACAAACUGUGUGUAUUCUACGAGCAGUGGCGCAACUUCAGAUAUCGUUUGAAGCACCACCCCGCGGGCACCAGCAAAGAAGACAAGGCUACCACAGCGCCAGCUAUACGAAACGAACAAUACGACUGCUGCGGUGCACUAACAUUGUAAAGGCCCCAGGGUGCACCGCCAUGACAAGAACAGAUGUUCCAGUGAACAACCAUCGAGCAAAGACUAGUCAGCCCUUUGUACGCAGAGUUAGUUUCGCAUCAUGAUGAUGAAGAAAACAUAAGCGCUCGCUUUUGUAGUGCUUUAGAAAAAGGGAAAGAGAAGCAGCGGCCUGAACUUGAAAGGGAAAAUCAAGCUUCAUUGUAUAUUGACUUUCGUAUCUGAUGAAGGGCCUACAUGCUAACAACUAGUAUGUGUGUUCCAAGUUAAGUACUUUAGAAAAAAAAAAAAAACUCGUAACGCUGUAUGUAUUUACAAUCUAAAGGAAGUCUGUAAAUAAGAAAGGUCCGAUACGGCUCACUGUUAUUCGACGACGAAACGAUAAUGGCUAAGAUAUGCUCUUUUUGUACCUUAAAGGCAAUCUGGACUAGCGAUAAGGCGGAAUCACAGUUUGUUAAUCUGUGGUGCACUAUGGUUUCGAACAGUUGUUGAUACAGAAGCAAGGACGGUACAUGUUGCUAGUACGACAUGGAAUGCCGUUUCCUGGAACCAUUCUUUUUUUUUUUUUGGUUCGUUACCACCACGAGGUACCGCCUGCCUGCAGACGAUAUGCGCGAAUAAUAUGGUUUUUGAUUUGACUGCACUCGCUGGACCAGCUCUAACAGUGCACUACUUUCCUAUUCGUGUUGUCAAAGAGCGCGCUUCGUUCUGGACGAGUUCACUUUGGGGCGAGCUUGGGUAACCACGCAAUUUUUCAAAUGCGCCCCCAAAACUCAAAACGUGGAUUGGAGUCUAGGCAUGCGCAGUAAGACCCUCAAUUUCUGUGGACCCCAUUGCGUUUGGGUACCGUAUUCAAAAACUG